AUGAUUACAAAAUUUGAACAAUUAUCAAACGAAUUAAUAUUAAUUUGUUUUUCAUAUUUCAACUUCUAUGAAUUAUAUGAGACAUUUUCUAAUUUAAAUCAACGUUUUAAUCACCUAAUUCAGUAUGAAUCAAAACUAUACAUUAACUUAGAUCUAGUACCAAAUACAAAAUUUUUAACCUUUUGUUUGAACUUAAAUCAAUUCAUCGCAACAAGUCAAAACUAUCCAUUAUCAGUGAUAGCUCAUGAUAAAUACAAACUUAAUGUAAUAUUUUACGAUGAUUUAUUCAAAGAUAAAUUUUCUAAAUUAAAAUCUUUAACGUUAUCAAAUAUAACAAUUGAAACUAUAUAUUCUAUAAUAUUUGAAACAGCCGCAAAAUUAUAUGAAAGUUUAAGACGGUUAAGUUUACUAGAUGAAAUCAGUACUGAAGAUAAAAGAGAAGAAGAUAAUAACAUACAAAAAAUCUGUGAUGAUGAUGAUAAUUAUACUAUAUCAGCACCAACAUUAUGCUUUUAUUCAUUAAUAACAGAUUUAUUACCAUGUCUACCGAAAUUAAAAAAAUUAAUUAUAAAUUCGAUCCAUUUUAUAGGCUACUAUGAUCGCCGACAAUAUACAGCAUCAUCAACUACAACAACAAAUUUAAUUUUACCAUUGAAUUUAAAAAUGAUUAAAAUCUGGAUCGAUAAUGUUGAUGGCGAUGAUGAUGAAGAAGAAAAUAAAAAUUUAGCACGAAAUUUCUUUAUAAAUAACAACUUAUCCAAGACAGCAAUAAUUAAAAUAUUCAAUAUUGAAUAUGAAAAGGAUUUUUAG